UUUUGCAGGGAGAACAGCGCUAUAUCCACUGAUAACCCAGCUGCCUAGGAACUGAGUAAAGCCGGCUCCAAACUUCUCAGCUGUUGACAGGCUUGACUUGCUGAGAACACUGGUUAAAUAUAGCACGCGCGAGCUCAGCUUCUCAACAAAGUCAUUGCUCUGACAGUGUUGUGAAGGGAGCAGAAGAAGAGAAACCUAAUCUCAGGACUCAACAACACCUAGCAACAGUUGAAAAAACUUUUAAACAAAAGCCUGGUUGGGAGAUACCGGACAACUUCCAAUUUCUGCUACCCGGGCUUUCAGGAGAAGAAGCUGCAUUCCCCUUCACUUUACCCAGUUUCCUGCAUGACUUCAGCUAUUGGCUGGCCCUAGGAAAGAGAGUGGGAAAAGCUUUUUCCUCUGUAUUCUUUUGGGCUGGAUAGUUUUCCAGGACUCGAGUCUGCCUUGGGCUGUGGGACAAGCCACAGGGUUCUUCAAAGGAUAAACUACCUUCACAACGGACAUACCCUUGGUUAAAAGAGCUGCCGUCAGGUGGGAAUGCGAUCACGAAAUCAAGGUAGUGAAAGUUCAGCUAAUGGGCAUAUCUCCCGCCCCAAGUCCUCCAUCAUCAGCAAUGCUGAAGAUAAAAGGCUCUCUGAAGAUUCAAAAAAGAAGAACAAAUCAAAUAGGAAAGAGGAAGAUGUCAUGGCCUCAGGAACAGUCAAACGACACCUAAAACCAUCUGGAGAGAGUGAACGGAAGACUAAGAAAUUCCUGGAGUUAUCCAAAGAAGACCUUCUCCAGCUGCUCAGCAUAAUGGAAGGAGAGCUGCAGGCCAGAGAGGAUGUGAUCCACAUGCUGAAGACAGAGAAAACCAAGCCUGAGGCUCUGGAGGCUCAUUACGGCUCAGCGGAGCCAGAGAAAGUGCUGCGAGUCCUGCACCGAGAUGCCAUCCUGGCCCAAGAGAAGUCCAUAGGAGAAGAUGUCUAUGAGAAACCCAUCUCAGAGCUGGACAGACUUGAAGAGAAACAGAAGGAAACCUACCGGCGCAUGCUAGAGCAGCUGCUGCUGGCGGAGAAGUGUCACCGGCGCACCGUGUACGAGCUGGAGAACGAGAAGCACAAACACACCGACUACAUGAACAAGAGCGACGACUUCACCAACCUGCUGGAGCAGGAGCGGGAGAGGUUGAAAAAACUCCUUGAACAAGAAAAGGCUUACCAAGCCCGCAAAGAAAAGGAAAAUGCUAAGCGGCUCAAUAAACUAAGAGAUGAGCUUGUUAAACUCAAGUCCUUUGCACUCAUGCUGGUGGAUGAAAGACAAAUGCAUAUUGAGCAACUUGGCUUGCAAAGCCAGAAAGUACAGGAUCUUACUCAGAAACUGAGGGAAGAAGAAGAAAAGCUCAAAGCUGUUACUUAUAAAUCCAAAGAAGACAGACAGAAAUUGCUCAAGUUGGAAGUGGACUUUGAACACAAGGCUUCGAGGUUUUCUCAGGAGCAUGAAGAGAUGAACGCUAAAUUGGCUAAUCAAGAAUCCCACAACAGGCAACUCAGACUCAAGUUGGUCGGCUUAACUCAAAGGAUCGAAGAGCUGGAAGAAACCAACAAGAAUCUUCAAAAGGCAGAGGAGGAACUUCAGGAAUUAAGAGAGAAAAUUGCCAAAGGGGAAUGUGGAAAUUCCAGCCUCAUGGCCGAAGUGGAAAAUCUCCGAAAGCGUGUGCUUGAAAUGGAGGGUAAAGAUGAGGAGAUCACGAAGACUGAAUCCCAGUGCAGGGAGCUGAGGAAGAAGCUGCAAGAAGAAGAGCACCACAGCAAGGAGCUCAAACUCGAGGUUGAGAAGUUACAGAAAAGAAUGUCAGAACUGGAGAAAUUGGAAGAAGCAUUCAGCAAGAGUAAGUCCGAAUGCACACAACUGCAUUUAAAUCUGGAGAAAGAAAAGAACUUAACCAAAGACCUGCUGAAUGAGCUAGAGGUGGUGAAGAGUCGAGUUAAAGAACUUGAAUGUUCUGAAAGUAGAUUGGAAAAGGCUGAAUUAAGCCUAAAAGAUGAUCUUACAAAGCUGAAGUCAUUUACUGUGAUGCUGGUUGAUGAAAGGAAAAAUAUGAUGGAAAAAAUCAAACAGGAAGAAAGAAAAGUCGAUGGGCUGAAUAAGAACUUUAAGGUGGAGCAAGGGAAAGUUAUGGAUGUAACUGAGAAACUGAUUGAAGAAAGCAAGAAGCUAUUAAAACUGAAAUCUGAAAUGGAAGAAAAGGUCUACCACCUGACAAAAGAGAGAGAUGAGUUGAUGGGAAAACUGAGAAGUGAGGAAGAAAAGUCUUCUGAAUUAAGCUGCAGCGUGGACCUGCUGAAAAAGAGACUGGAUGGUAUGGAGGAAGUGGAACGAGAAAUAGCGAGAGGAAGGUGUCGAAAAGGAUCUGAACUCACCUGCCCGGAAGAUAAUAAGAUUAAGGAGCUAACGCUUGAAAUUGAGAGACUGAAGAAACGUCUCCAACAACUGGAGGUGGUGGAAGGGGAUUUGAUGAAGACAGAGGAUGAGUAUGAUCAGCUGGAGCAAAAAUUUAGAACUGAGCAAGAUAAGGCUAAUUUCCUCUCCCAGCAGCUAGAAGAGAUCAAGCACCAAAUUGCCAAGAACAAAGCAAUUGAGAAAGGUGAGGUGGUGAGUCAGGAGGCUGAGCUGAGACACAGAUUUCGUUUGGAAGAAGCCAAAAGUCGAGACUUAAAAGCCGAAGUCCAAGCUCUGAAAGAGAAAAUUCACGAAUUGAUGAACAAAGAGGACCAGCUUUCUCAGCUCCAAGUGGACUAUUCGGUCCUUCAACAACGAUUUAUUGAAGAAGAAAAUAAAAACAAAAGCAUGGGGCAGGAAGUCCUCAGUCUAACCAAGGAGCUGGAGCUUUCUAAGCGCUAUAGCCGAGCUCUUAGACCCAGUGUGAAUGGGAGAAGAAUGGUGGAUGUCCCGGUGACGUCGACCGGGGUACAGACAGAUACAAUCAGCAGCGAAGCCGCGGAGGAGGAAACACCUGCCGUGUUCAUACGGAAAUCCUUUCAAGAAGAAAAUCACAUCAUGAGUAACCUUCGACAGGUGGGAUUGAAAAAGCCCAUGGAACGCACCUCUGUCCUGGACAGGUACCCUCCAGCUGCGAAUGAGCUCACUAUGAGGAAGUCUUGGAUUCCAUGGAUGAGAAAACGGGAGAAUGGCCCCCCAGGAGUUCUGGAGAAAGGACCCCGCACGAAUUCCAGCCCAGGGCACCCAGGAGAGCUAGUCCUUUCACCAAAGCAGGGCCAGCCCCUGCAUAUUCGUGUGACACCAGACCACGAAAACAGUACUGCGACUUUGGAGAUAACCAGCCCCACCUCUGAAGAAUUUUUUUCUAGUACCACCGUCAUUCCUACUUUAGGGAAUCAGAAACCGAGGAUAACCAUUAUCCCAACACCAAAUGUGAUGUCCCCCAAACCAAAGAGUGGAGACACUAGUCUUGGCGCAGAAAGAGCCAUGUCCCCUGUCACCAUUACUACCUUUUCUAGAGAGAAGACUCCGGAAAGUGGAAGAGGCACCUUUUCAGACCGGCCCACAUCACCCAUUCAGAUCAUGACCGUGUCCACAUCAGCAGCACCAGCUGAGGUGGCAGUUUCUCCUGAACCCCAGGAAAUGCCCAUGGGAAGGACUAUCCUCAAAGUCACCCCAGAAAAACAGACUGUCCCAACUCCAGUACGAAAAUACAACUCUAAUGCCAACAUUAUAACCACGGAAGACAAUAAAAUUCACAUUCACUUAGGUUCUCAGUUCAAACGAUCUCCUGGGACUUCAACUGAAGGAGUUAGUCCAGUCAUAACUGUCCGACCAGUCAAUGUGACAGCUGAAAAGGAGGUUUCCACUGGCACUGUCCUUCGCUCGCCCAGGAACCACGUGUCUUCACGACCUGGUGCGAGCAAAGUGACAAGCACCAUCACCAUAACACCGGUCACCACCUCAUCCACCCGAGGAACACAGUCGGUGUCAGGACAAGACGGGUCAACUCAGCGGCCUACACCCACCCGCAUUCCUAUGUCAAAAGAAAGCAUCAUCGUUCACCAGUUACGUAUGAACUCCAGAUGAUAUGGCCAGCCAAGCACGUACUGGCUGUGUGUACUUUUCUGAAACCCUGUUGAAUGGAUAUUUCCACCAUCUGCAUCAUCACUGAAGUCUGCCAUGCUACUGAUCACGACUGGAAGCAUUUGACUACUUCCAGUGAUUAUUUUUUUUAGGAUAUAAUAUAAGAAUUGAAAAUGACCUUGCUGAUAAUAUGAAAAUAUAUGUGGCAAGAGAAAUUCAAUCUUUGUGCCAAAAAGAAUUUUUUUGCAAAGCAUUCAGGUUCAUGGGCACAUGCUAUGUAACUUAUUUUUAUAAUAUAUUUUGUAAUGUGAUUUUUUUUCCCCUGAAGUGUUUCCUUUUUCAUAGUCUAUGGCACAUCUAUCUGUAGAACACACUGUCAGUUCCUCAAAGAUUGGUAUUGUGUUCAGAAUGGUAACCUAUCUUUUUUUUUUUUUUUUUACCAAUUUGCUAUUUCCCAAGAAAAAAGGUACAAUAUAGUUAAAACUCAGAAGCAGGAGAUUCUGGUAGAGGUUUUCUUUUUUCUUUGUAUAAUACUGUGACUGUGAUCAUGGUGUAUUACUAACAAUGCUCUGCUUUAUAAGCUAAUCUUUAAAUAAUUAAAACUAGCUUUUGAAGUUGUUCUUUCUGGUAUUCUGUAUCAAGAACCUUGAAUGAAUUGAUUUUCAUAUGGAAUAAGUUCAUACAAGGAAAUGUGCCUGUUUCACCAAUACGGAUACAGGAACAGUUUUGAUUAAUAGUUCAAUUAUGUUUCUGUUUGCAUUAUUUACUUAUAUGUAUAAGGCUUAAAACCCGGACUGUGAUUUCAAGAUAUUUCUCACAAUGUAUCUCAGUGAAAACUUGAAAAUAAAAACUGACCUAGA